AUGCCACAACUAGAAGAUCAAUAUUUAAUCGAUAAUCAAUUACGUACAACUUGUCAAAAUACUCCUCUUGAGCAAGAUGUACAACUUGAUAUAAAUUGCAGUCCUAAAACAGCAAGACUUACUAAAAUAAUGAUUACACUAGGUGGUAGAAAUUCCUAUCCUGACGCCAUCGUUGAUAUGAUGAUGGCUGGAGCAAACAUAGUUCGCUUAAACAUGUCCCAUCAACAAGAAAAAUGGCAUGCAAUCACGUUGCAGUCUAUUAGGGAAGCUGGAAAUAGAAUGUACGAAUACACCAGCGACAUUUAUCCUUUAGGAGUCGCGAUGAACCUUCAAGGUCCUGAAAUACGAACAGGCAUAUUCAACGGGGAUGAAACGAAUAGAGGGUAUGCUAAAUUAAUAAAGGGUAAUACAGUGAAAUUGGUAACGAAUGAUACGGCAAAACGUGGAGGAUGUGCUAAAUGCUUCUGGACUUCCUAUCCUAACUUACCUCGAGUAUGUCGUCCUGGAGACAAAAUACUAAUUGAUCGUGGUGCUGCUUUAUUACAAGUCAAAUGUGUCCGUGAAACAUCCAUAGUUUGUGAAAUUAUUAAAGAAGGUGUUGUGGGAGACGAAAAGCUUGUACAAUUACUGGACAGUGCAGUUUCAUUGCCUCAAAUUUCUGAAACGGAUAAUGAACACGUUAGUCUGGCAUCCAUGUUAGAAUGUGAUAUCGUCAUAGUGAAUCAUGCACGAAAUGAAAAAAUGGUUCAUGGUAUUAAAAGUCGUUUGAAACAUAUAGGUGCUAGUGAUAUUCGGGUUAUAGCGAAGAUUUCCACACAACAGGGUUUAGAAAAUUUUGAUGAAAUUUUGAACGCGGCGGAUGGUAUCCUUCUCGAUAGAGACAGCGUCGAGGUGGCCGUCGGACCCGAAAAAUUGUUCCUCGUUGAAAAAAUUGUCAUCACAAAGUGCAUGAAUGUGGGAAAACCAGUUACGUUAGGUUUCCGUGUAAAAAGCGACGAAUGUCCAAAAAUUGACAUGAAUUUGAUAGCAAAUGCUGUGUUAACCGGAUCCGACGGUGUUUUUCUUAAAACGGGUGCCUUGAAUUCCAGAGAAACUGUUGAAUUAUUAAAAAAUGUCGAUAUAGUAUGCAGAGAAGCUGAAAGCGCUCGGUGGCAAAAGGAAGUUUCUAAUCAAUUCAAUUAUAAGAUACCAAAACCUUUAGAUCCUUCACACGCAAUUAUCGUAGGAGCAAUUGAAACGUCCUUAAAGUCUAAUGCAGCUGCAAUUAUUGUUACAACAAUGACAGGUCGCAGUGCCGUUUUAUUAUCGACAUAUCGUCCUAAGUGCCCUAUUGUUGCUGUUACUCGUUAUGGAGCAGUCGCAAGAUGGUUACAACUUUAUUAUGGUCUCCACUCGUUUCAUUAUAAAAAUCAGCCAUUAUCUGGUUGGGCUAACGAUAUGGAAACGCGAAUACAAAGCGGUGUCGAUUUUCUUCGAAGAAAAAAAUAUAUUAAAGUGGGCGAUGUGAUUAUAAUUGUCACCGGAUGGCGUGAAGGAGCGGGUUUCGCGAAUUGUAUACGCAUCAUUUAUGUAUCACCUGGAUAUACAGAAAGUGAAAUAUUAAACUGUGAACUUUGCACCUGA